AUGAAUGGACCGGCAUUUAAUCCCUCUGCCGGUGGCGGAGCGGGGUCUGAAAUGGAUGCGCAGACGGUGGCUGCUGUGAAGGCUAUGCAAACUGUUAUGGAAAGCUGUCCUGGGAAAACAGUAAUGUCCGGCGUAAUGGGCUUUGCAUUAGGUGGUGCAUUUGGUCUCUUCAUGGCAUCCAUGCAAUAUGACACGCCUCUCGCCUCCAACCCAAACGCCGCGAACAUAACCUCACUCCCCCUCCGUCAACAGCUAAAACAAGGCUUCAAGGACAUGGGUGCGCGGUCCUUCUCAUCCGCGAAGAAUUUUGGCAAGGUCGGCGCUAUUUUCUCUGGCACAGAAUGCUGUAUCGAGGGCCUCAGAGCGAAGAAUGAUCUUGCGAAUGGUGUUAUGGCGGGUUGUAUUACGGGUGGUGUUUUGGCGGCGCCAGCAGGACCGCAGGCUGCCGCUGUGGGGUGUGCGGGCUUUGCGGCAUUUAGUUUGGCUAUUGAUAGCUACAUGAGGAGGCCGAGUGAUGGGGAUUGA